AUGCUUCUCACUACAUUAGCUUCGAUUCCUGAAGCUAAGGAGGAAUAUCUUGAUUCUUCAUUGAUUGAAAGGACGGGCCGUUUGCAUACCUUUACUGAUUUAGGACCGGCAGACUUGUGUAAUAUCCAUAAGCAAUCAGUGACAUCGAAAAAGAAUUCUGAAAUUGGAACGUUUUUAUAUUAUACCGGUGUCGAUACGUCGAAUUCUGCUUCAAUUGCAGCCCAUUUGCAAGGAUUAGCUAAUUUGAUAGGCUCAAGAUCACAAUACUGGUUUGGGGAGAAAAAGCAUUGGAAGGUUCCAGAAUUGACGUAUUGUACUUACAAUGCAUUCUCAAAAGUGGAUAUGAGAGUGACUGUCCAUAUUCCAGGAAAAUUUGAGAGUUCAAUAAUCAAUAGUGAUGGAAAACUAAUUCAUGAUAAGGUUAGUGACAACGAAUCAGAGAAAUUAUGGCUUGAAACCUUCGUGACUUCAAUUGUUAGAUGCCUAAUUGAUUCGGAGGAUGACGAUGCCAAUAAGGUUGGAGGUCUAGUUGAGGUUCGUAAAUUAAAUCCUUUUAAUAAUGGCAAGUCCUCCAAAGAAUUAUUGGACUACUUCAUGAAAGGGUUUGAGAAAUUAUUCUGGGACGGUCCAAAAUUAGGAUGUGGCAUUGAUAUACCCCAGCCAACUAUAAUAUCUAAUUAUUUGGUUGAUGGUUUUAUUAAGUGUGUUGAAUUAACUCAAAACUACGAGGAAGCAUUGGAAAUAUUAGACAGACUCAAAGAGAAAGAGCCAGGUGUAGUUACAUUGAUUGCGCGUGUCUUAUUAUUGAAAGAUGAAGAGAUUAGGGCAGUCCAAGUCAUGAAUGAUGGUGUUAUCAGUGAUAACCGUGAUGCUGACUUGUUAUUGUUACAAGCACAAUUCUGUGUGGAUAAAAAAAGAUAUGAUUUAGCAUUGAAUAUUUCUAAACAAGCUGUGAAAUCAUCGCCAUCUGACUUCAAGACCUGGGCUAUGUUGGUCAAGGUUUAUACUAAACUUAAUGAUUUCGAGAAUGCCUUACUUACUCUUAACUCGUGUCCGAUGAAUUCGCAUAAAGAAAAAUAUUACCUAAAAAGAAUUGUUCCGUUAAAAGGGGGUAAUGACGACUUACAUUUACCUUCCCCCGUUGAUGUUACAUUAGAUGAGGUAUCCAAUCUACAAAGUAAUGAAAUAAGUUAUGAACAAAGGAAUUUAGAUCCACAGUUAAUUAAUUUGCCAGCCGCUAAUUUGAAAUCAACAUUUGCCAAGGCUUAUGAUUUAUUAACAGAAAUUGUAAAUAAAACUGGCUGGGAAGCGUUAUUAAAAUACCGUGCUAAGGUUUUCGUAAUGGAGGAAGAGUACCGUAAGGAUAGAAAUAGUAAUACUAAUAACUCUAGUAAUGGUCACACAAGAAAGAAUUCUACUAAUUCUAAUUUGAAUGGCGAAACUACCGUGGAGAAUGGUACUGCAAGCGGUAUGGAAAAUGAUGCAUCCUCCACACUUGCCAUUAAAUCCCCAAAGAAGGAUGAUCAAACAAAUAUUGAAGAUAUGGAUGAAUCCUUAGAAAAUGAAUUCAAGAAGAAAAGGUUAUGUGAAAGAUGGUUGGAUAACUUAUUCAUGUUAUUAUACGAAGACUUAAGAGCAUACACUAUGUGGCAGGCUGAAUACGUUCAUUUCCAGGCACAACAAAUGGAAUACAAGAAAACUACUUUAGAGUGGGAAAUCUUAGGUUUAAUUGCUUAUAGAUUAAAGCAUUUCAAAGAAGGUUCUGUAGCAUUUGCCAAUGCCUUAAGUGGAAGAUUUUCAGCCAAAUCAACUAGAGAAAUGCUUAGAUAUUACCAAAUGGAAAGAGCUAAAAUAUUGUCCAAAAAUUCAAACAAUACAAAUAAUUCAAAUAGCUCCUACACACAUAACUUUACAAAGGUUGUGAAUCAAUUAAAUGAAAAGAUAUUGGAGUGUUGUAUCAAGUUAUUAGUAUGGAAUCACAGAUGGUACAGUGAUUUUUCACCUUCGUUAAUAAAUACUCUUAGUGACUUGGUUGCAAAAGAUGGCUUGAUCAAGAUUCAAUCAUUAGUGCAAGCAGUUUAUUCUAAUAAUAUUAACGCCACUGCUUCUAAUGAUAAUGGAAACCAUGGCAUCACAGAUAUGAUGGAAGAUGUUUAUAAUUUCUUCAAGGAAUAUAAGAUCAAUGGUGCUGAUAAUUAG